AUACUAGAAGCUGGGAUGUUCCAUUGACCAGGAAGCUAGAGAAGGAAAGCAGUUUUGACUGCCAAACUGGUGGCACGAGAGAGAUACUAUCUAUGCGGUCAACACAGGAAACUCUCCUGCGGUUGCAUGUGCGAAAAGGAAUUCAAGCACGGCAACAAGUAUCAAGUUGCCAGGCACUCGAUAGGAGUGCGCUGGCAAGGAGGCAGACCUGCAACGUCAUAUAUAGCAAAUCAAUUACUAGCCAUCUUUUUCACAAUUAA